GUUGCAUCUGCAAGGUAUAUGUACAUACAUAUACGUCACAGUGUCUUGGUGCGUUCAAGUGAAGGCCCUUUUGGACAUAAGUCCUCAAAGGUGAUUGGUACUGUCCAAUCACAACAGUGACUGGGCUGCUAGCCGCAACCAUCGGAUUCACUGCGGCAGCACACGUUAUCUGGAUUCUACUGGUGCCGCUGCACCUAAUGAAGGUGUGUAUGACUCCAGUAUUUCAAUUUAAACUUACAUUGGACGCGGAGCUGAUUUGCUGAAAUGGCCGCGGGCCAAAUGAACACCACGAACGACGUCACGUCACAUUGUUGAGGGCCUCAUUAUCCCGUCCACCGGAACCUAACUCAUCAUCUGUAAAUUUGUUAGGAUGGGACAGCGAUAGCCCUAUCGGGGUUUCUAAGUUUUUCCGACAUUUCCUUGCAUUCUCUCCACAGGAAACUUCGUUUUGGUAGCUUGACUUGCCAUGAUCGUUUCCCGCAAGCUCCGUUAUUAUGAGACAACCGUGCACCUCAAGCCCCAUCAAGCUUCACUCUGUCCGACCAUGCUACGGCUGACCGACUUGCAGUUGUCUAGUCACGCUCAACUUUUCGUUGCCGCAACUUGUUUGGGUGUAACAGCCUUGAUUUAUUAUGCCUACCUUGCUAGCACAGAGAGUAGCUUCUCCUAUCCUCCGUCUCCUCCCACGUGGAGACUUCGAGGCCACCUCAUACCCCCUCGCAAUGGAUUUAUGACAGUAGAAUCAUGGAUUGAAGAACAUGGUCCUCUCAUCACCCUACGCGCAGGAAUCAAGAAGCACGUUGUUAUCGGUCGAUAUAAAGCUGCAGUAGAAAUUAUGGAGAGACAUGGCGCAUCGCUGGUCGACCGACCUCGUUUCAUUGCUGCAGGAGAGUUGCUUUCCGGGGGGAUGUUAAUUCCAUUUAUUCGCGCUGGCGAGAGAGCGAUACACACGCAUCUACAGCCAAAAGUAGCUGAGGCAUAUCAACCGCUCCAGAUCUCAUACGCAAAGAACACUGUCAUCGGCAUCCUUAAUGAUCCACACAAUUUCCAGGAUCAUGCGCGAACUUACGCAGCAGCAACGAGCAUGAAGGUUGCAUAUGGGAAGACCACACCUACAUCUGCGACAGAUCCCGAAGUGAAAAGGGUCGCUAAGUUUGCCGAAAAAUUCCGUACUGUAUUGCAUCCUGGCGCGUACCUUGUGGAUUCGAUUCCGUGGCUGAAAUAUCUUCCUUGGUAUGCACGAGACCUACGUGACGGCUGUCGAGACUCGCAGGAGCUCUUCGUCGAGCUAUUCGAUCGUCUGAAACAGGAGAUAGGAGGUGAUGAAGCUGGUCCUUCGCUCGGAAGAUAUCUCUGGGAAAAGAGAAAUUCUAACGAAAUGCCCGAGCUAGAAAUGGCUUGCCUUGCUGGUACUGUCUUUGCAGCUGGAUACGACACGACUACUCUCGCGAUAUGCACAAUCCUAUUGGCAGCUGCCUGUUUCCCCGAGGAACAACGUAAAGUUCAUGAAGAACUGGAUGCGGUUAUCGGGAUCAACAGAGUACCCGCAUUUACCGACAAGAAAUCACUUCCUCGCCUUUGUGCCUUCGUUUCGGAGGCCCUGCGAUGGAGGCCGUUGAUACCUAUGGGUCUACCACACCGCACGACACAAGUGGUUGUUUUUGAAAAUUAUCGUAUUCCAGCCGGGACAACGGUAUCUGGCAAUCACUGGGCCAUCUCUCGUGAUCCAGAUGUCUUCCCUGACCCUCACGCAUUCAAGCCUGAUCGUUGGCUUGAUGCCGAAGGGUGCAUGAGAGAUGACCUCAAGUUCUUUGGAUUCGGCUUUGGUCGGCGGUGGGUGCCUUCUUUCUCGGCGUUCAUAAAUGCGGUUCUUCCGUUGGAUGAUAUGGCUUUCAUGAAUGGCAACUUCCAGAACGAGCAGCCAUGUACGAUUGAUUUUCAGACGAGAAUUCCGGAAGCUGAGCUCAGGCGUAUGAUGGGGAGGGACGUCGAGGACUUUUGAGGAAUCAUGUACCUGUGGUCCGGGCGUUCUAAUUUCACUAGACUCACAGCCAGUCUGCCGUGUGGCCCCGUGCCAGGCUGGUAAUGGACAACAACAGAUGCUACCGCUUUCGCCUCGAAGUACAUAGUUAUUUCACUAUGUAAAAAAUCAGUAGUCUUGUAAAACCUUUCUUGCAACUCAGUUAUGCUGUACACAAUGAUGAGGACGUCUGGGAAAUGGAAAGUCUAGGUCUAGGACUAUCGCCAGUUGGGGGUGGGGGGUUUCGGGUGUUGUCUGGUUCGGCUUUUGCCGGUCAAUGCAGACAGAGAUACUCACCGGGUCGACGAGAGAGGAGUGAGGUUUUCGUCAAAAGCGAGCAAGAGAAGAAUAGACCAGGCUAAAGGAUACAGCCGGAAACCCUCAAAUGUGAAGCAUAGGUUUUCUGAAACACGACGUCACAACCCAAAAACGCUGCUAUAGAGAUG